CGAUCUAGUCGUGCCUGUAACUGAGAAUAACCUUGUUGUUGACUUCACAUGUAACAGUCCCGCAGGACCGUGCUUAACAGAAGUCUCCACUAAUGAAUCUACGUAUAAAGUGCUAGGAAGAGAUAAGACAAUUUACUACAGUCCUUACAACAUUUCGCAAACAUUAACAGUAAUAAUUAAAAGUGCAGCAUGCAGACUUGAUGGCAAUGUCAAUGUGUUGAAACAGAAAAUACAGAUAGGCAAGUUAAGAAACGUUGAAAAGUUUUAAAUAAUAAACUUCAUAACACCUAUUGCUAUAAUCAUCACGUUAACAGAAACAUAAAACAAAGUAUAUCUGACAAAUGUGAUUACUUUAAUUUUAAUUAUAAGUUUUCAAAAGUCAAUUCUUUUAUUAUAGAGUUAGACCACAAAGUGGAAGAGGAACCUGCAGAUCUUCUACCAUAUGUUAUUGCUUUAGCUUCGAUCUGUUUACUCACAUUGAUAAUUGUAAUAAUGCUCUCUUUUUACCGGUAAGUAUCUUUAAAAAUUGUACACAUUAUGUAUUAAUUAAAUAAUUUUUUGUGUGUUUAAUUUAGAAAAUAGUCACGUAUUAUUAAAAAAUAAAGUUUGCAUUACUUUGAUUAAAAAUUAAUGAUAUUUGUAGCCUAAAAAUGUGGAGAAAUAAAAUACGUAUUCAUCGGCGUAUAAAACGCACAUCCGUAUAAUACUCAUCAUACGCGCCGCUCUGCGGUAUGUACUAUGGGUCCUUAACAAUAUAUCGGCGUAAUAUACGCACACAUCAUUUGCCCCUAAUUUCAGGGAGAAAAAGCGCUUGUUAUACGCCGAUAAAUACUGUAGUUAAAGUUUGUUUUACUAUAAAUUUUAUUUUUGAAAAUUACAUUUGAUUGUUAUAUUUGAAUGAUUUAGUAGUUUAGUUUAUUUAUUUAUUUUUUUCCUUUUUUCCUUUUAUGUAAUUCCAUUGGCAAAUUUCCUCUAUCAUUCUUUUAUUUGACAAAUGUAUCUUUGAGAUUUUUCCUCCCCGUGGGUGGGUAAAUGUGGGAGGGAAGGGUAUAUUGUAUGCAUUAUUAAAAUAGUUAUAUGGUUAUUCAUUAAAUAAUAAAGUAAAAAAGAAAUGGUUUGAUUACUUUCGAAGAGUUACCCAUUCCUGAUGAGAGUAAUUUACUUAAAAGAUUCUAACCCAAAGUAUUCAGCUUUUAAAGAACCCAAUGUUCUUGAAAAUUAAGAUUAAGAUCCGAUAAGGGCCUGUCCAAGGAACAGGGCUGGUUAUACUGAUGUAGUUGAUUCACAAGCCAUUACUGCAUGUGAAGAAAUUGUGUCCAUUUGUUCACCAUUUUACUUCAAAAUGUUAAUGUCCAAAAAGCCAUUCAAAGAAUUUAGUAAUGACCACAAGGAAGGAAAAAAGGAACAAAAAAGAUUGCACAUACAGAGUCAUCUGAUAAAAUAUUUGCAAAAUUCCUUAAAAUUCGGCAUCGAGAUAUUAUUGAGCAUUUUUGAUGCAAUGCCCAGUUAGACUUACAAAAUGAAGAGACUAAACGGUAGAAAUCCCCAAUUAUCUGCACAUUUUAAUGAAAACUUGUGAAUGUUAAUGACAUCUUCAUCUUGUGCAAGUUCUGGAAACGGAUUGAGUUAAGGGAUGGCUCCUCGACAAUGUCAGUGCGAGCAAUACAAAAGAUUAAAAUAAUACGAAAAGCCUAUUUGGACACUAUUAGUUUUUUGAAGUAAAAUUUUACUUCAUACUGGGCUUUGAUCUCUCUAGCAUGUGAUUUAUUAUAUGCAAAAAAAAAAAAAUUAAGAUUGUCAAUGUCAAUAUAGGGACACUAAAAGAAAUACUAUUUAAAGAGUAUAGUGAUAUUCUGAACAUACUAAUUGCGAAAUUUAUGGAAUAAGUAUGUGUUUAUCUAACACCAAGGUUGCAUCAUUUGUCCGCUCCUCAUAACAAUGGAACAUAAACAUUAGUGAUCAACUGCUACGCCAAAGACAUGAGUUAAAUUUUGCAGAAACAUUUUUGUUGGCGAAAAGAAAAUAAGUAGAGAGAUGAAGACAAGAAUGAAUAUGGCAAACGCAGUUAUCUGCAAUAUCGCCCCACUUUUAUGACAUCCACGAAUAGAAAUUGAAGUCAAACUUGAACUAUUUAAAACUGUCUUUACGCUAGCCCUAUUUAACAGUGUAAUAUAGUAGGCAAAUUCAAAUCCAACGCCAGGGGAAAGUAGCUGUCGGUGGAUCGACUACUAAUUUAAACCGCAUAUUAUCAGUUAACACGACGAUUUUGUUUUUAAAAUCCACAAUUUUCCAUUUCAACCUACAAAGCAAUCAAUUAAUUAUCUUUUUAAAAGAAAUUCAAUAAGUGUUUUUAAAAAUUUCUUUUAAUAAAAAAAAUAAUACUGGUAUUACUGGUGUUAUGAGCACAAAAAUCGCAAAAUGACACCAAGAACAUUUAGUUGGAUUGACAUCGUAAGUAUACAUCAUUUAUCUGUAAUAAAAAUGUCCUAAAUAAUGGCAUACUGUGUAAAUCACCUAGUUUUAAGUAAAAUGUUACAUUUAGAGUAUGUCCUUAAAUUUCAUAAAAUACGUUAUAUUUUAUUCAUUUAUCUUAUAUUCUUUCCAAUCAAAAGGAGGAAGAGAAAAUAUUUAAAAAAUGUCCCGAAUUCGGUACGUAUUAAAUUUUUUUUUAAGGGUGCUUUUAAUAAAUAUAAAGGAUUAAAUGAAUUUGAGACUUGUCGGGGAACAGUGGCGUACACAGGGGAUUUUGCGACCAUGGUAGGAGCAAUUUUUUUAAUAUGUAUUAAUCAUUGAUAGAAAUAAGGGCUGCUCUUAAUGACAUUAUGGUGGUUUAGUAAGAAGUCGGUUAAGUGCUUUUCAAUUACAAUUUAAAAUAAAGAAAAAACAUUAUUUGGUAUAAGAUGUUGAAGAGUUUUAUUGGGCAAUUUAAAAUGUAAAAGCGGUUUUGAAUAAUUAUUGAUUUUUUUAAGAGUAAUAGGUUUUAAUUUCAAAUUCCAAGGCCAAGGAAUCUCACACGAUUAUAAAACAUGAAACAUACGUGCAUAAGUUUUUUUUUUAAAUAUCUCAAUUAAAAUAUACUAAUAACAUAUUUAAAUUAUUUUUUACAAAAAUCUAUCUCUUAAAUAUUAAAUUUGUAUACCUCGCAUACGUACAGAAAUAAAUCAAAUUAAAUUAGCAGGUUGACAUACAUAAAAAGAAUAUCAUGACAUAUUGUUGAAACAAAUUUAAACUGCGAAUACUUCUUCUUGCUUUUACUGUUACUAACUUGGUCUAUGGUGUGCUAAAUGUCAGGUUUCUAAGUUUAUUCUUUUUGACGCAGUUUAGAGCAAGCUAGCAUUGUCUGCCCUGUUCCACAGAGUCUCUUAAAUACUUUUUAAAAAUGCAUUAUUUUACUAAAAUAUAUUUUGCUCCUAUCAAUCCAAAACUGCAAAUGUUUGCAAUAUCUUAAUAGAACUGCAAAUAUUACAAAAACACUCAUCGCCUUACUAAACAAGAAUGAAAAAUGAACUUGAGAAGUUCUUCAGAUCAUAUUAUAUUCAUUUUGGUACUAUUUAGCAGCAACAUUCUGCAAUCCAAAUCGCCUCAUUUAUAACCUUUCCAUUGAUACCAGAGCCUUUAUAUUUAUCAUCGAGGAUGAACUCAAAAUUUGGAUCUAUUUCAUUCAAACGAGUGAACUGUUUAACUAUUUCUCAGUAAAGAGGGCCAGUAUAAACUUCAUGACACUGAAGAUUUCUCUUUUCUCAUUUAACUCAGAAACUAACGAGUUUCCCAAACCAUUCGUGUAUUUCGUAUACAUCUUUUUUCUUUCUCAAUUCUACUCUUGCCAGCAAUUAAUUCAUUUCUUUAGUGUGCCACUUACCAACGAUUCUCGUUUCGUAUUAUAAUGAUUUCGAAGAGGAUUCAGAUUUAGUAAAGAAUUAAGCAAGUUUCUGUUAUUACUCUGUAGCCUUUUUAAAAAUGGUUUAAUGUAAUGAAAAUUUUGUACGAAAAUAACAUACGUUUUAGGAAAUCAAAACUCAAAACGUAAGCAUACAUUACCAAAAUGUAUGUUUCGCUGGUCUCAUUUGUAUCUCUAUUAUGUCUUAGAGGACUUGCAGUAAUUUUUCAAGGUACUUGUUGAUUGUGCUAACUACAUCUAUCCUUUUACUCAACAUUUUUAAGACUCUGUCUUGAAAACUAGAGUGAUGGCUUUUAAAGGUUUCCAAAGGCUUUGUUGAACAAAAGAAAUGCAAGUGUCUGCUUUGCUGCAUGCAAACUUGCCGAAUUGAACAACUGAUUAUCGCAAUGGACACACACAGCCUGUUUGUUUUUCUUGUGUAUUCUUUGUUGGUCAAUCCGUUUGUGUUAAGCCAUAUCCAACGUGUUGCCAUAGCUUGUGAACGAAAAUCUUCUGGCUCCAUUUUAUUUUCUCUGGAUGUUUUAAGAAGAUUAAAUCUAAGCUCCUAGCACCCUUCUGACUUAUCUGGAUAAAUCCAAUGAAGGACAUUAAAUCAAUCUCCACACGUAGCUCACUGCCUCUGACAUCUGCUCAUGGUAUGUUUGUUUAUGAAUCGAAACAAACAUUAUGUCAUAGUCCCUCGCUCUACGAAUGCAUCACAGUAUAUUUUGAUGAACAGACGAUGCCAUCUGUUGGAUACAUUCCUUUUACAUACCAGGCUAGAGUUACGACAGCAGCGUUUUUCAUAUAUGUCAUUUAUUAUUUCAGAGUGUGUCAAAAUAGCUAUUAGUUACAAAUAAGUUAUUAACAUUUACCACAUUGCAGACAUGAUCGUCUUGCUGCAGUGAUUUUCUUGGUCAACGCAAAGCUAGAUUAUGAGUUGCAAUAAAUAGUAUUCUACGGAUGAUACUUGCCAAUAUAUCAAGCCACUACUGCUUUCUUUUUUUAAAAAAAAAUAGGAUUGAAGUUCCAUAUCAAUAACACUUUUGCAACAAAAUUUCUCUACACUUAUUUUGACUUGUUGAAACACUUCAGGUAGCUUUUAAAGUUAUUAAUAUUUAAACUUUCAGGAGAUUUCCAAAAGUUCAAUCUCUUUUAUUUAUUUAAAGAGGAUAAACAUAUAGAUGCAAAAUCCCGAUAUUUUAGAAAGGGAAUAAGCCAACCUUGACUGAGUCACUACCAUACCAUGACCAUGCCUCGAUUUUUUUUUGUUUUGAGAACCAUUUUGUACAAUGAAAGGUAGUUUUUGGUAGUUAAAGUUCGUCAAUGUUUUGAAGAUACUUUAAACAAAACUUUUUAAUUUAUGUUAUUAAUGAUAGAUAUGCUUAUCAAGUAAGCUUGUUAAAGUUCAGAAAUCCAAUGUCUUGUUUUUUAAUUGAUUCUUCUGCUGUAACUCCGGACCUUUCAAAUGGAUGGCACCAUAUUAGUAAAAUUUGAAAUGUGUUAAGAUUCAAUUUUUUAGGUGAAUUUUGGUCAACAUAUUUUACAUUUUCACGAAUUUUGCGGUCUUCCUUUACGCGUAUUGUCAUGUAAAUAUUUUCACUAGCAAUCUCUACACCUGCCUUGUGAUACUCAGUUUUGCCGGAUUUUACAGUCUCUUCAGCUUUUUCAAAGUCUGAAUUUUCUUCCUUUUCAUCUUGGUGUUAAAUCCAACUUUAGAUAAAAACAAACUGGUAGCAGGUAUAGAACUCUCCAUAGAAAUUGUACAUUUACAUAAGCCAGUCAUAUCAAAGAAAGGCAUACAGAAUUUGACUGAUUGUUUGGUCUCGUUGCCUUUAGUGUAAUUUCUUUCGCCAUUCAGCUCCAGUUAUCCUAUUUUUGUAAAGUCAUUACAUGAUCAUCUUUCUUUAAAAAUAUUCGUGGUAAAAGAAUUGCAUAUAUGUUGAUAGUAUAUUUCAAACAAAAACAAGAAUAAAGGUAAAAGUACUACAAAAAGUAAUAAAUUUUUAGAGGGGAAAAAAGUAGUUUAGUGUGAAAAGAAGUAGGGUAGGCUUAUAAUAAUAGUAAUAAUUAAGUUUCUUUAAAAAACACGCUUCAUGUACAAAGUCACACAAAAAAAUCUAUAAUUUACCACAUUUAAAACAAACGCAACACUACAAAAACUAAUUACAAGCAUACCAAGUCAAAGUCUCUCUACCCUUUUAAACCCUAAGCAACACAUCCAAUAUGCAUUAAUUGGAAAAUAAGGUAGACAAUCAUCCCAGAAGGUGUUUGCGAAAUAGAUGUGUCUUUAAAUCGGUUUUAAAGGACUCCACUGUCUGGUUGUUUCUGAGAUCGAAAGGAAGGGCGUUCCAAAUUGUUUCACCAACAAAUGCGAAAGUGUGCUUUCCGUAACUCUCAAGGCGAACAUGUGGUGUCGAGAGUUUGCCACUAUUAUAUAUAGCAGAUAAAUACUUCUAAAAACUUAAUGAUUUUAGAAACUUAAAUAUCAUUAUAUAUUUUUUUUUUAAGUUAUGACUUUUGCUGUGUUUUUGCAAUAGCAGGUAGAAAUUAUUGCAAAGUACUCACCAAUUUUAUCCCGAUAACAUUGGGUCAUUUAUUCUAGUAUGAUAAUAUAACGAAAACAAUAUUGAAACGACUGCAUGUAAAAAAAAAAUGGUUUAUAAUUUUAUAAUCGUUUCCUUAAGGCAGCAUGUUUGUACUCAUUUCAAUAAGUCGUUUGUAUGAUCAUUAACAAUAAACGAUACACUUUAAAUAUAUGUUGGCAUCAAUGAUUGUAGUUAAAAUUAGUUAAAUUUUGGAAACGAAUUUAAAAAAUAAUAUACUAAUAUUAAUAAGUAUGAAUGUAUAAUUAAUUUACAUUAUAUUUUAAAAAACAAAAACUCUUUAAAUUUCAAUUCUAAUAUUUAAUAUCAAGUUACGUUUUUAAUGAUAUAAAUUGUUAAAAUAUUACUAAGGGGUCAUCCAUAAAUGACGUCUACACAAAAGGGGGAAGGGGGGUUCAGCAAAAAGUCGACAACGUGGACAAAGGGGGGAGGGGGUUUAGGACAAAGUGGAUGUCCACAUUGUAGUCUUUUUUUGAGUGCAGAAGUUCUGCAUAAAUUUACUGCCCGAUCACAGUUACAGUAGCAUGCCUUUUGAUCUCUAUUGUCCAUCGGUGACUGGGAGAAUUUCCAAGAGAAUAUGUUUCUGCGGUAAAUAUUUCCCAUCACAGGCGUCAAUGAAAAAACAUAAGGUCGUCCAUUUCAAUAUUCCUGCAAGUGAACAUAAUAUGGCAGACGAAUCGGACGAAGAGGCUGCCACUCAAAUUGAAUUAGCAAUUGAAUACUAAAGAACAGAUGUUUUCAUUAUACGAAACAUGUUUGAAUGGCUGCAGUCCGAAUUUCCGUUGAUUGAAGAAUGGUGGAUUAUUUAUUAUUUUUUUUUAAAUAUUCAUUAAUUUAAGUUCGGUAUAUUUUAUGUUUUGGACGUCCACAACUUGGGAGGGGGGGGGGAGGGGGUCAAUCCAAAAGUGGAAAAAGGGGNUUUAUUAUUUUUUUUGUUUUUGAUAAAAUUAAAUCCUUAUAAGUAAAAUACGAUUUGAAUUUGUUUGACUAUAUCUAUAUAUAAAUACAUGUUAAUAAAUAAAUAAAUAAAUAAAUAUAUACAUAUAUAUAUAUAUAUAUAUAUAUAUAUCAUGUUAUAAUGGUACAGAUCAAACAUGAAACUGGCCAGAACAAAGAAAACGAUCAACAAUCUGUGUGUUUAGAAAAUCGAUCUCCUUGUCAACAAGGCAGUUCAGGUAAUAAUUUUUAUUGUCUUUAUCACGUUUUCCUUUCACCCAAUAUACCUAGUAGACCAUUAGUGUGUAUGUAAGUUUUAAGUUCAUAAAUUUUAUAGGGGUAGAAAGCGAAGAAAAUUAAGUCACCGGCGAUUGAUGGUAAAAAUGUUUUCUUGUUUCCCUCUUUGAUACUAUAAAAUAAGUACAACAUAGUUUAAGUCAUUUUUGUAAACAACAACCAGCCAUAAUGUCAACAAAAGAUGAAUUUAACUUUUUUCCGAGCGGAUAGAACAACUUUUAGUGGCAAAUCCAAGGGAGGGGAUUGACAAUAUAUGUUAACAAAAACUACUGUAGCAUCAACAACAGUAUAGUGAAACAUGUUGUUUGUACACCCGAAAUAGGACUACUCUGCAUUACUUUAAGGCCAUUUUACCUACCUAGGGGUCAUCCAUAAAAAACGUCACACAAAAGGGGGAGGGGGGGUUCAGCAAAAAGUGGACUAAAGUGGACAAAGGGGGGGAGGGGGUUUAAGACAAAGUGGAUGUCCACAAUGUAGUGUUUUUAUGUGUGCAGCAGUUUUGCAUAAAUUUACUGCAAAUUUACUCCCCGAUUACUGUUGCAGUAGCAUGCCUUUUGAUCCCUAUUGUCCAUCGGUGGCUGGAAGAAUUUCCAAGAGAAUAUGUUUCUGCUGUACAUAUUUCCCAUCACAGGCGGCAAUGAAAAAACUUAAGGUCGUCCAUUGCAAUAUUCAUGCUAGUGAACAUAAUGUGGCAGACGAAUCAGACGAAGAGACUGCCACUCAAAUUGAAUUAGCAAUUGAAGACUCAAGAACAGAUGUUGUCAUUAUACGAAACAUGUUUUAAUGGCUGCAGUCCUAAUUUUCCGUUGAUUGAAGAGUGGUGGAUUAUUUGUUUAUUACAUUUUUUAAUACAGUGAUUCAAUAAAAUGUUUUUGAACAGUUAUUAUUUCAUUUAGAAUUUUGCCUGCAAAUAAUUGGAAUUUCAAAAAAAAAAAUCUUUGUAAAUACAUACUCUUUACAAUGUUGUACAUUUUCCCAAAAUAUUCGUUAAUUUAAGUUCGGUAAAUUUUAUGUUUUGAACAUCCACAACUGGGGGGGGGGGGAUCAAGUCAAAAGUGGACAAAAGGGGACAAAGGGGAAUGGGGGAGUAAAAAAUAGCAAUAAAUUGGUGGACGUCUUUUAUGGAUGGCCCCCUAGGGAGUUUACCCAUAUAUGUAUCAUCCUUACUUACAUUCCACCUAAUGCUAACAAGGUGCAGGCUUCUGAGAGACUUUUGGAUGUAAUCCAUGAUUUCGAAACAGAUGAACACAUACUUCGUUCGUCUUGUUAUGGGGCACUGUAAUCAGCUAUCACUUGAUAAAUCCAUGCAAACAUACAUCCUGUACGCGCUUUCCUCACGUGACAAGAACGAACUCUGGACAUGUGUUAUGGUAACAUAAAAAGGCCUACACAUCUCAUAGUUUACUUCCACUAGGAGAAUCCGACCAAACAAUGGUCUGCCUAAUGCCAUGCUACAAGCCAGUUUUAAAAACAACAAAAACUCAAACGAACCCUAAUGAAAUGUGGUCAGAUGAGGCGACAGAAAAACUUCAGGGCCGUUUCGAAAGUACAGGCCUGGACAGGUUAAUAAACACUUGUCCGAACAUUGGCGAGCUAACAAACACCGUCAAUAACUACAAUAAGUUCUGUGAAGAGGAAAUAAUCCCCCCCCCCAAAAAAAAAAAAAAAAAAAAAAAAAAAAAAAAAAAAAAAAAAAAAAAAAAAAAAAAAAAAAAAAAAAAAAAAAAAAACCCCCCCCCCAAAAAAAAAAAAAAAGAAAAAAAAAAAAUCCGAGUAUUCAACAACAACAAACCCUAGAUAUGCGUAGAAAUAAAGAAGGCAUACUUUGAAAGAAGACCAUGUUUAAUAUUAACGAUCAGGAAUUCAUUAAAAAUUAAAAUAAAUUAUCAAAGGAAAAGAUAUAUCUGGGUAAAUGCUUGUGUUUACAACACUGGAUUGUACUUUAUUGUUCACCGAACAUGAAGUGACAUCAUUACUUAAACAAGUGGAGUGGACGCAGCCAAGGCCUCGAGAUCAGAAAAAAUUUGUGGUCGGCUUAUUAAAAUAUGCUCAGAGCGAAUCUCUUACAUUUUUGUUACAUAUAUAAUACAUCUGAUGUAACUCACACAAUACCACCAAUUUGAAAAAAUUAAUAUAAAUUCCUAAGAAAAAUAAGAUAACGACUUACGAACUGUUGCGCUUACCUCUAUUGUAAUGAAAUGUUUUGAGAAACUUAUUAUGACACAAAUUAGCUUAAAUGAAAUAGCAAAGAAUUUGACCUCCCACAAAUUUGCUUUCAAACCUGCCAGAAGCACGAAGGAUGCUGUCUUACUAUUGGUGGAGAGACUUUACCAUCACCUAGACAGUCCAAAAAAAUAUGUCAGAGUGCUAUUCUUAGACUUAUCAUCAGCAUUCAGCUUAUCCAACCACACAUUAUGAUAAAGAAACUUUCCUGGUUAAGUUUAAAUUUAAAUAUUUAAGCUUCGAUACUGAACUUUUUUAACAAAUCGACCACAAUGUGUUCAUGUAAAUAACUAUUUAUCUCUAACCAGAGAAAAAAGCAUCGUGGCACCACAAGGCUGCGUUCUCUCACCUGUAAUGUAUACAAUAUAUACACAUAAUAUACAAAGCUCAAGCAACACCGUUCCAAUCUUAAAAUUUGCUGAUUAUACCACAAUUGUUGGCUUAAUAUCUGAAGGAGAAUGGUUAUACCGCAACUUGGUUACAAUUUUUAUCAAUUGGUACGAUGAAAAUUUUCUCCAGCUGAAUGUCUCAAAAACAAAGAAAAUGGUUGUUGAUUUCAGGAGUGGAAACACCAGAUUACAGAUCUCAACAUAAUAAAUCAAAGUGCGGGGAAAGUAGAGGCAUAUAAGUACUUAGGUUCACCAUUAAUAAUAAGCUAACAUGGCAUUAGCACGGCCUAAUGCUGUAUAAGAAAUUCAACCAAAGACUGUUCUACCUCAAAAAGCUGUACAAUUUCGGCGUAAACAAACACGGCGUUAACUUAUUCUACAGUGCAACAAUUGGAAGCAUGCUUAAUUUCAGUACUACCUGCUGGUGUGGGAAUCAAACGUCUGAUAUUAAACACCACAUAAACCGACUAAUCAAGAAAGCUAGAAACACAACGCAAACUAGACAUCCUUCACUUUAAGAACUAUUUGAAGAAAGAUGUUAUUGUAAAAACUAAACAUAUUUUGGAUGAUACAUCCCGAACUCUUCAGCACAAAUACUUAGGAUCGGGCCGUUCGGACGAAUUCUUUACGUUAGGGCGAGGACUGAAAGAUAUAAACAAACUUUUGAUCUCCAAUCUGUACGAACUUACCAACGUGCGCUCCUUGAAGUUACAAAUCUUAAUGAGGAAUAAUAAGUCCAUGAUAUGGCUAAGAGAGCUCUCUGAAUGGUGUGUUUUUUUUAAAUCAGUGAAAUAAUUGAUUAUGCAUGUCUUGUGAUCAAAUUGUUUUAUUUAUGUGCUGAAAAUGUACAAUACAAUCAUAAAAAAAUUCCAUUUGUUUGGAUUAAUAAAAGAAUCUUAUCUUAUCUUAUUUUAACUUAUCUCAUUUAAUCAAGGUGUUUAUUUUCAUUUGUAUGUUUGUUUAACUAUUUUUUUCGCUGAAAAAAGCCUUUUGCCGACACAGUAAUUGUUUUAGUAGUCCUUUUUUCAGAUGACCCUAUACCGUGUUUCACAUAUUUUCUUUUACAUAAAAUGAUUUGUGUCUACCUCAAUAUAAUUAUAAAAAUAUCAUUAAAAAAGUAUACCCUUAUUUUAAAAAAAAAAAUCGUGGUGUAUUUUACAGUUCGUGCAAGACUAAACCAAAUUAUUAUUUUUUAAGUACAUUGAUUUUAUUUUUCUCAAGGUAAGUCUGUUUAAUACUUAUCAUUGUUAAAUAUAUCAAUUAGUAUUUUUUUUUAUUUUUAAAUUUUAUCUUUUUUGUUAAUUGAUUGUAUGUAGCACCAUUAAAACUACAAUAUAAUCAAUCGCAAAAUAUUUGCAUUUGCUAGUUGAAAUUUUUUUGGUAAAAUUUAGAAAGCAUUAAAUGAAGGGCAAUUACACAUACAUGUUUAUAACAAUACAAAGUGAAUAUGCUUAAAACUGAAACUAGAUUAUAGAUAUUUUGUAGACACAAAAGAGUGUAAAUGUUUGCCCCAAAAACACAAUUAAAAGAACUUUUUAAUGUUGAUAAAUAAUUUAGAUAUACUAUUCCAUUUUUUAAAUUUUAUUUUCACAUUCAUCCGUGUUCUGAAAAUGAUUAUGUAAAGCAUAAUGAAAACACAUGUCAAUUUAGUUUGGAUCAAUACACAUGUCUUAACUUCUUCUUAUUUUGUUUUAGGUGAUGGCGAACAUUUAAAUUUGCUUGUGAGUAAUUAAUAUUGUUUCACGGAUAAUUGUAUUUUGAACUUGUUUUCUGCCAAAUCGUCUAGAAAUAUAGUAAUGAAAAUAGUAUAAAUUACAAAAUCGUAGUUUUAGUAAAGAAAUUGCGUAUAAGACUAAUUUAUAUUACAAAUAAAUCAGUGAUUUAAUCUAAUACUAGCGCUUAUAUUUAGAUCUUUUCAAGAAAUUGAAUAUGAUAUACUGAAUAAUGUGUCUUUAAAAUUAAAAUAUACUUAAAUGAUAAUGUUUUCAAGGCUGUGAGUGACAAUGACACUGAAUUAAAAAGCACUGAUUCAGAUGAGGAGAAUCAUCCUAUUCCAAUUCAAGAGUCAAGAUCACCAAAAUUGUGCACAGGUAUGUUAUAGUAAUAGAAAAAAUGACUUAAAAGUUAAUUUUUAAAAAAAAAGUGUCAUCACUGCGUGUGCCUCACACAAAUGUAUAUUAGAACGAACAAAAAUGCUACCCUUUGAUAAUAACAAGGGAUCAUUCAUCAAAUUGUAUUCGAUUUUUUUACGCAAUACCCAAAUUAAUUACUUUUGAAAUAAAUACCCGAAUUAUGGAAAUAUGAAAGACUAUUUUAUUAUAACUUAUAGGCUACUGAAAUUUAUUCAAACUCAAAAUCUUGAAAUUAUAUGAUUGUAUUAGUAAAUUUUUUUUAUUUAUUCUAUGUAUUAAUUUAUUUCAAAAUACACAUCGUUUUCUUUUCUAUGCAGACAACUUAAACAUGAUUAAGCUUCCAAAAACAAUGCUAGUAGUAUUGCAAUGGUCUUUUAAAUCUUUUAAUUACAAUUUUAUUUUAAGAAAAAUAACUUUUCUUUCAAUAGCAAAAAAACAGCUUGAAUUACUUUUGUCAUAACUAUCAAAAUCCCCUUUUUAAAACUAAUCUCAAUCAUAAAUCAUUCAAACGUUCAUAAGAGACACUGAUUAUUAAACUAUUUGUGAUUACUGUGAGCUUCGAACAUUUUAUCAGCACACGCUACUGAUUUUUUAGUCGAAAGCUAAAUUCGUAUUACUUCAUACACAUUUAGAGAAAAGUCCACAUAAUUUAUAGAGUAUAUAGUCUAAAAAGCAGAUGGGAACUGAUUUGCCUGUAUGUCUAAAAAGCAAAACAAAUAAUUGCACUAUUACAAAAAUCUAAAAAAGUCACUAGGUGACAACUUUAAAGCCUGUCUAUUAAUUAAUGAUAUGAGGAACUUUACAUGUAACCAUUUUUUCCCAACAUAGUUCAAGAUUUAGGAAUUUAGUGGCUCUAGACUAUUUAAAUUUUAAGGCCUCUUGUAACUGCCCCAAAGAUUCAUUGCACCCACACUAUUCAUAAAAUAAUUGUAUUUAUAUCGUCUUCUAUCAUUUUUUUCUAAAAAUAUAAAUUGUAAUACAAUAUAUGUGUUCUUAUGAUUGAAAUGACUACCAGAAAUCAUGGGCGCCCGCAGAAAACUUUCUAGGGGGGGACAAAAAUCGAUUAACUUUCACGGGUGGGGGGGGGCACAAUUUUUUUAGUAAUGUUUUAAUUAUAGUUUUAAUUUACUGUAGCGUAUUUGUAUGGUGAACGAACGGACAGGCCAUCAGCUUAGUUACUUUCUCUUUAUUUUCUCUUUACUUUAAUACAUGUUUUGUCUUUUUUUUCUCUAAAAAAUUUUAUCCAAUCAAUCCGGGGGGGGGGGGGGGCAAAUCCCCCCCUUCCCCCCCCCCCCCUUUUGUUCUUUUUCUUUUUUUUUUUUUUUUCUUUAAUAAUUUUUUUGUUUUUUUUUUUCUAAAAAAAUUUUUUCCAACCCACCGGGGGGGGGGGGGUGCAAAUGCCCCCCUUGCCCCCCCCCCCCUGCGGGCGCUCAUGCCAGAAAUGCACACUUAAUGUUAAUUUCCAUUAAAUAUUAUGUUUCAGAAUAAAAUUAAUGUAUAACGAAAACAGAAUAAGAAGUAUAUGCAGUAAAACACACAAAAAGUAUUUCUUUCUGUUAACAAAAUGUAAAACUGAUCAUUAAAAUCUUUGUUUUUUAAAGGUAUUAAUUUGAUUACAGAGAAUGAGAAAUAAAUAUGAAUAACUUUAGACUUUUUUGGCAAUACAUAUUUUUUUUUAUAAAGGAACAUUCUCUCUGUAGCAGUUACUGACAAACAAAUUGAUUCAUAUUAGCAUCAUUGCUUCCACAUUAGGAAAGGUAAUUUGAUUUUUAUUUUCUUUAGUAAAGGGCGACAUGAAACACAAUGAUCUCUUGUGUGGGUCAAUGGUAUUGUUUAACAGAAAUAGAAUAUUCAGUACUUUAAUAUAGAACAUGUGGAGUUGGGGGCGGUUUUGAAGAUGUUUUCAUACAUGUAUCUCAUCCGUGUUGAACUAUUUUGAUUAGUUGUGUUUGGGUAUUCAAAAUUAUCUUAAUUCUUCAUGAUCGUAUAUUUAAAUUGUGUAUCAGUUUUACCGUGGAAAUAACUAUCGAUCGAUUUACCCGCAAAGCUUUGCAGUUACACGUUAAACAAUCAUACAGUUGUGUGCACAAUCUUACACCAUCAAUAAAUUGUGUUUAACAUUUUUCAGCCCAUAUACUCAAAGACUAAAAUUGCAUACAUUUAACUUUUAUAAAAUUUAAUAAAGGAACAUAAUUAAUUUUUUUAAAACAUGUCUUAAUAGUUAAUCAAAUCUAUAUUUCUAUAUAUAAUCUAUCCCUUCACUGCGGCAAUGAAACUAACUGACAAAAUGCCCACUAACAGUGGCUACAAGUCAUUUGACUAAUUCCUAGAGUUAGUCCGACAUAAGCCGGUCAACUAGAUCUACAUCACAAAUAUUGAGCUUAUAUCCAUCAUUCCGAUAUAAGUUUAUCUUCAUAAGCGUAACAAUAAUAUGUAACACGUCCAGGAUAUUUAUCCAUUUAAAUUGUUUUUAGUGUUCAUCGGGCUGGAUCCAUGUUUAAAAUAAGCGUUUUGAUGCAAACAAUUUAGCACACGGUCACAAAUGAAUGGUAAAGUCACCAAAAUGUUCAUAAAACAUCAAAUAUCAUUUUGACGAUCUGAAUCAACCCAUGUUUCUGCAAGCAUACAACUUAAAUUACAAACUUAAUCGUUAGCGUUCGGAAGAAUGCAAUUAUAGUUUUCUAGAAAUGAUAUAUAUCUUUUUAAAACAGAGUUUGAAAUUCUUCUUGACUAAAAUUAAAAUCUGAAAUGUCGACUAUUGCUGAUAGCUGAAAGAUUCGCCAUUGCAUCAAACCACUUUGAGGGAAACGACCAUCCGGUUGAAAACAAAACAUUCUACGUAUUAUAUCAUGGAACAAAUGUUUAUAUUCCAGUCAAUAGCAAGCAUUUGAGUAACCCCUUCAGUCCAGUGCACAUUGUAACCAAUAUUCUGGGCACGAAGCUGUUAUCCUUACGUUUACGAAUUGAUAUUCCUUCGAAGGUCGUAAGAUUUGUUUUUUUUCUUUUAAGCUGCUUGCAUAGUUCAGCAAGUUUAAUAACCAGUGCAUCAAAUGAAAUCAGUCGCCUUUAAAAAAUGUGGGUUCUGUAGUUCUUUACUCGGAAUGGAAGUGCCGCGAAAGCAACUUAUCUUUAUUCUUGUAGGCAGAAAGACUACAGAAUCACAUUUCAACACCUUAUUUAGUUUUUAGAUUGGUAAAUUGUGCUUUGCGUAACUAUAUGUGUCCUGUUCUCAGGAAUGUUUAAAUGUCCGUUAUUAAACGCAUGUGUUUUCAAACAUCUAAAUCAAUGUCUAAAUCCUUACGAUGAGACAUGAAUAUUGCUCACGUGCAGUUGGGAAAGUACACGAAGAAAUGAUUCAAAUCCUAUGCUGAUGCCUUGCAUUUACGAUGCGCCGCCGCCAGUAACGUAGCUAUGUUUUGUAAGUCCAAUGUAAUAUCUUGAUAAAACUAUAUUCAUGCUGAUUCUGCAGAUUUUCAGCCUGUGCCUACAACGACAAAAUUCAAUUGAGAAUAUUACCGGGUGAAUGCCAAUGCUUUGCGUAUAAAGUCAACAUUUUUAUCACUGAUAUACAAAUGCUAUUAACUUCUGUUAAUGUGUGGAAAUUUGAAUUGCGAAUUUCCAUAAAUAUAUUUUCAUUUAAAACAGAAUAAGAGAAACAACCACAUCAAGGGCGUAAUUGUUACUGUGUCGAAAAUUAGGGACUGGGGGAAAUACUUAGUUAUAUAGUUGUGUAUGCAUUUUUGCACCGCAUUCAUAGAUGUGUUCAUGUUGAUAGCAAAGGAUCUUUUUAUUUUAACAUUUUUUCCUGGUUUUCUUUAACAUUCAUAAGUCUAUUUUUUCAUGUUUCAUGCCCAAAUCGGCUACAAGUCUAUAAGUAUUAGCAGUAAAGCUUACUCAAAACGAGGCCCUUGAAUCAAAAAGAACAUUUGGGAAAUCAAGAUCUUACCCGGAUUCAAUAUUCUCCUGUGAGAGAUGCGGCCGUGAUUGCCAUUCUAGGAUUGGCCUAGUGAGCCACUCGUCAAAGUGUAGAACUAUAUAGCUACUCCAUCGUCUCACGAAGACGGAAGGAUGACAUAUAUAUAUAUAUAUAUACAUAAUAUAUGUAUACUUUCUAUUUUGUGCGAAAUAUUCCGUUGCAAGGGAAAAAAAUAUUUAGACUUUCCUUUUAAAAAUGGUUUCUAAACGUUUGAUUAGCUAACGAUGAAGAUGACGAUUUGUUUCAUAAUUAUAAAAAUAAAACAAAAAAAACAACACGUCAGAUUGAGCUGUGUACGAGCACUUCAUAUCUUUUAUAAUAAGAUGACAUAAGAUGACCAUAUUGUCUGCUUUUAAGUAAACGCAAUUUUGUAAAACGGCUUUUAAAGACAAAGAAACUAGGUUUUUAUUUUAAAAGGGUCUUAAUCUUUUUUUUCGGUAACUUUCGGAAUGGCUAACACAAAAUAUGGUAAUAUUGUAUACAUUCUACAAAAUUUGUAAUUGUUGAAAGUAUUUUAUUUCCUUAAUAAUUAUGUUUUAAUAUCUCAAUUAAAUUUUUUAGAAUUCAUUUAUAAAUGGAAAAUAUAAAUAAUUAUACAUUUUUAAAAAUCGAUAAUUCCAGUUAUAAUUUAACAUCAUUGCCUUUUUAUAUAUUUCUCCUUUAUGGUAUAAUAUCAUGAUGAUGUAACGUUUUGUAUUUGUCAAUAAUAAUUGUAAGAAGCGUGGGGCUGGGAAGUGGCGAACUGAAUUAUUGGUACCAAGUUCGCGCGUGCCAGUGUCUCUGGAUUUGUGUGCUUAUUUUAACGUAAAUGUUAUUUUCAAACUGUAUUUUACACUAAAAAUAUGCCCCCCCCCAAUUCAUUCAUGAUAUCUGAAAACAAAUUAUGUUAGGAAAUAAUUUUUCAUUUAUCUCUGAUUCGAUAUAUUUACUAUUUUGCUCUGCGCAUAAGGAUUUAUCAUUUAAUUCAAGACAAAUCUUCGACCCCAAAUUCAUGAUGGGAUUGCUUAAACUUUAUUUCAUUUUCCCACCAAAAUUGUUUUUAUUACUUUAAAAAAAAAUAUUUUUUUUUUCAUAAAUUGAUAUUUAUUGUUGCAUAUUUUAGUAUUUACAAUACUCUUCAGUUGGUUUUGAAUCUCAUAUAUUAAACGGGCCUUUACCUUGUCAGCCACAUCGUCUAAACUUCAGGAUGUUAACGAAUUUUCAGCUUUUACUUUUGAUUCUGCGACAAAAAUUAAGUGUCUAUUUAUAAAUCAAAUGACUGGCUCUGAAGUUUAUAUCUUUCAAAUUUCUUUUCAUGCUAACAUCCAUAUUGUUAACCAAUAAUUUACAGAUAGUCCUGCUGGGACAUGAAGAAAUUUUUACAUAUGUAAUUUCAAAAAAAUCAACUAUUUUAUAAUUAUUUUUAAAAAAUACUUUUAAUAAUAGAACGAACAUAUUCAAUUUUCAGCUAAGUAAAAUAAUCUCAGAUAACAAAAAAAAAAAUUAUGACAUUAGAAAUUUAAAGGUGGAUAGGUGGAUCUGUGGUAAUAGAUAUAUUUCAAUUUGUGGGUUGGAAUUGAAUCCCAAGACAAGCACACGCACCAAUAAAUCCUCGGUUGAAUGUGACUUGUCAAACUUUUAUGGCAACGUAUCUUAAUGAAGGAAACUCAAUUCAAACUUAGGUUUUACUGAGGCAUUCAUAAAUAAUCAUUGGCUACUCCUAUAAAGGUCCUGUAAAAUCCAGUUUAUGCAUCCUUGAUUUUUCAAGCUGAUUGAUAAUGGAACCAUCUUCUUUUACUAAUAAAAAUCCCAGGCCUUUUGAUUACGUCCUUCAAAAUUCUGGAAAAUGUAUUCCAAAAAAUGUAUUAGUAAUAAUAAUUAUAAUAAAUAUUUGCAUCGUUUGUCUUAUAGAAAAUGUAUAUUAUUAAUAUACUCUUUCGUCGUUUUAAAUUAGUGUUCUUCUUUUUUUUAUCAUCCGGUUGUGUAGCUGAAGAGCCAAUGGCAGAAGAACCGGUAAGUGUACUUUUAAUGGGAUGCCCCUUAUUGAUUAUUUCUAUACAAUUCACUAUCAGCGCUAUCUUUUAUACUCAUACAUUACUAAUGACGUGUAAUCUCGCUUUGUCCUCUUCAAAACAUUCCAUUGACAAGUAUCCCCAAAGAAAAACAACCUCACUGCCUUAAAUAGUUCACCCCUUAAUCUCCCCUAAUCCAAUGCUGUAUUGACGACACUCAUUAACAUAAUUUUUUUUUUUUUUUAAAUGUCAUUAUUUCAUUAGUUCCAACAAGGAAAUUUUGAAUAUCAUCGCGAAAUUAAUAUCUUUAGCAUUGCUCUGAUACUAUCCAAUUCCAUUUUAUUUCAUGUUAUGCCAACUACAAUCACCAUUUAAAACUUUGUAACACGAAUUCCUCUCAAUAACAGCGCACUUUAAUUAUAAACAUCAUAACAUAAAUUAACAUCAAAAUGCAUUUUUUAUGGCCGAAUUGCAAUUGGCUCUCAGAAAGUGCAAGCGAGGAAAAGGACUAAGGUCGGUUAGGUUCUGCUAUGAGAUGCGUACGCACCCAGGCAGCAAAGUGAGACUUAAGAUUUUAUGAUCAGCCAUACAACCUAGACGACUAGCAUCAUGCAGAAAGAGUGAAACGGGUCCAAAAUGAAAAUAUAUUAUUCUGUGGCGAUAUUGUUCGAUCUUCAGUAAGAAUAAGACAAUGUCUUUAAAGUAGGUUUGAAGAACAACAUACAUCAAUCAGUCAAAAUUUAUAACGAUAACUGCGAUGUUAGCAGAUGAUCUAGUAAUCUGGAACUCUGGCAAGCACAUUCAGCAACUUCAAAGCCCGUUGCAGAAAGAUCUCAAGCGAAUAGAAACAAAUGCUGUAAAGUGUAAAAUUAGUGAUAAAUGCAUAGAGGUACGUGUACAUUUUUACUCAUAAUAGGAAAACCUUAAAGUAAAAUAUAAGACUUCUCAUCUGCCGGAAAGAACUUAAAUGGUACAAAACGCUAAAUUUAUGGGAAGGACAAAAGUUCAACUUCACACCAUAUUUCUAAACUUGGCCUCAGGGCUAAUGAAACAAUAUUCAACAUUACUCUUGGUUUGGAUAUCCGUUUCCGAUUUAGCAUUUACUGCACAAUCUGUAACCUAAUGAUUCGUGGUCGUCUAAAAAAAGGGAUGAAAGGUUCAUUAAUAUUCAAGGUGUUAUAAAAAGCAACCAAAUAGUGUGCGUCUACUUAAUCAUUUUUUUUAAAAAGUAAGCUUGGUGACAUUGAAAUAUAUUAUAUUGUGACGAUCGAGGUAUCGUCAAGACCGUUUAAACGUAUGACUUCAUUUCAUUUUUAAUUUGUUAAAAGGUAGUUGACUUUCGAUAGGUGACAGAUGAAAUUAUCCGAUACAAUGCAUACAUUUACAAUGUAGUUGUUUUUUAAAAGAAAAUAAAUCGCUUUAACAUUUAACAUUGUCUGAUUUUUGCAGGUUAUUAACGAUGAUGAAAAUGAGAAAGAAGGAAAACUACAAAAUAAUGUAGGUGACAAUAUAAAAUUACAGUCUACAUUUUCCAAUACAGACAAUGAAUAUAGCUUUUCACCUGUUAGUGAUUGGUUUUCAACAAAUGAUCAUCAUCAAAAACAACACAAAGAAAAGAGUUCAAUGUACUCUACGCAAAGGAUUAAGUUAAAACAUCAAAAUAAGAGAACCAAUUUUGAAAGCCUGUCAAAGCUUGAAGAUAACUUUAAAAACGAAGGUUCGAGUAGUUUACAAAAGAGAACUAAAAAAAGAAAGGUAAUUCAUUCCGAUGAUUUUGAUGAAGCUGAACAAUUUGGAUUUGUUGUUGAUUCUAAACAAAAUUUUAGCGAUUACUACACAAAAGUGUUACAAAAAAGGUAUCAGGAAAUUAUGGAACUACUGAUUAAAGAUGUUGAUGAUGAGUCUCAUAAAAAAAAUAUUUUGCAGGAGACUUUAAAGAUGUCAAAAGAGUACGAUCUUUCAGAUAUAACCACCAUUCUCACAAAAAUUAGAGAUGCAAUAAUAUUGAAAUUUGAAAAUGUAAACGUUUAAAAAGCAAAGUUAUGCAAGAAAAAAGACUUUAAAUCUUAAAUUUUAGCAUCAUAAAUAUUUUUUGUGUUUACUGACAAAAGAUGAUGCCGAUGAUUUAAGUUCAAUGUAUAAAGCUUCAUUCUCAUUCUGAAAUUUUUUAAUUGUUUUUAUUAACCCUUUUGUUGCCAUGGCGGAAAAGUAGAAAUCUGUAUACAGUUUCUGUUGUGUCAUGUCCCAUAUAUUGUGUGGCGAGUAACAUCGUCAUUAAAAAUGUGAAUGUUUAAGUGUUUUAUCAGGGAUUUUUGUGAUUAAUGGGAUAUUAAAUUUACUAUUUUUUACCCCAAAAAAUGUCUUUUGUUGGAGAGCGCCCAAUCCAUUUUGCAAAACCAAUUUUUAUAUCAAGUCAAUUAAAAUAAAAUUAAUGAUUGUAUAAAUUUUCACCGUGCUAAAAUGCCAUUGAAAGUAGUUUUUAUAGCAUUGAUGAAGAUAUAUGAGUCAGAUAUUGACAGUCUUAUCCCUUUGCUUACUGGUAUAGUUGCAUGUGAAUUCAUUUGGAAAAGGUAGAAAUCGAAUAGGAAAGCCAAAGAUUGCAACACAAAGUCUUACCAAAAGAGACAUUUAUUCUCGUGUAAGAUACUGGGAGUUUUAAUUAUUUCAAAUGGAUUAAAUAAAUUUAAUAUAGAAGUAAUGUUUAAAAUCAUUUCAUGCCUUCACAAUUCUAUUUAAAAUAAGAUACACUUUUUAUAAUAAAUAAAUACAUUUCACCAAUUCUUCAAUUAUAUUUUUUAAUACUGUUUUCCUAUAACGACGUGUUCUGAAAUACUAUUGCUAUGUAUCUAGUAUCUGAAAAAAGUGGCUUUCAUUAUAGUUUGAAUAAUUUAAUGAAUUAUUUUGUUUUGUUAAAUUCAUAAGUUGAGCCGUAAAAUUUUAAUCACUCUGUAAAGGCGAAAGUAAUUAUCAAUAAACAUAAUAAUUUUAAAUAAUCUUGCUUUACCAUAAGAAUGUUUUUUUCAUGGACUUUCAGAAAAUUUAAUUUACAAGGGUCUCUGAAUUUCUUUUGUAUGUUAUUUUGCUAUUUUAGCAGGCAUAUGACACUACUGAAAAAUAUGCUUGACAGUUACAGGAUUAAUGUAAUAUAUAUUAAAUAUAAAUGUUGCUUCUUUGAACAUUGCUUUUCUGAGAGUACGAAAAGAAAUUCUUGAUUAAACUUUUGUUUUGAAAACAAUUUAUUAUUUUUUUUUUAAUUUUAAAUAAAGUAUAAAGCAAUAGCGCAUUUAUGUCCAUCGUGUAGUUGCCAUUCUUCAUGUAAAAACAUAAUUUUUAAAAAUUGAGUACAUAUUCAUUUUCAUUUAAAAAUUCUUUCUAAAUAUUUUAUGUUUUCAAAGUGGAAUUAAUUAAAGUUAAUAUGAUGUUAAACGGUAAUUCUGAACUAUGCAAAAAAGGAAGUGUAGACAUGUAUAUAUACACAUAUAUAUGUAAAUAUAUAAUAUACAUAUAUAUAAAUGUGAA